UAAUUGCCGUCUGUGUUAUUUUGGCGCUAUCUAAAAACAGUUGAGGAUCUAUAGACAAAUAACAAUUCGAGAAAAAAAAUUGUCCUCAUUUUCCGGAGUUACUCUUACGAAUGUCUAAGUCUGUUUAUGACAGUGACUGACACUCGCGCGGCCGAACAGCUGUCAGUUUCGCAUAUUGCAUGCCUCUCGCCACGCAACUUUAUAACUAGAUUUGCCUUAGGCUUCAGGUUGCGUAGAUAUGUGGUCGAGGUCUCUCUUCACUAAAAUCGUUCUGCUGAUUGGUGUUACUUACUGUGACAUUACGAUAAACUCGAAAAUAAGUGCUAAUAAUACUGUAGUUUCAUACGUAUCGCCCUGUCCAGAAGGGAAAGACAUAUGGCCGUGUUCUUGCUUCGAAAAAGAUGACCUGUGGCCUGACAUCAUCUGCCAAGGCGUAAAUAAAGAACAACUUUACAAGAUCUUCGGUGCUGACUUCCCCGACCCCGAUCUCAAUGCCAUCCGCGUUGAAAGGAACCUGGAACUCACGAUCUUGCCCGAGGACGUUUUCGAGAACGUCACCUUCCGAGCGCUAGUGUUUCGGGAAGGAGUCCUCGAGGAUAUAAAAGCAGGAGGAUUUAACAGUAGCUUCAGCACAGCGCUCUCCCUCGACUUCACUUCGAACCGAAUUACUAGUUUCCCCUUCAGUACUCUUCAGAACUUUGCCGCUUUGACGGAACUGUUCCUAGGGAAUAACUCCAUCACCGGCUUCCCCUCGAUGAAGUCCGCGACUCUGCAAAUCCUCUCGCUGGCGCACAACCCACUGAGGUCUCUUCCGUCGUGGUCGUUCCUGCAGCUGCCGGCGCUCGCGUCUCUGGACCUCGACCAUACCGACCUCUCUGUACUACAGCCGGGCACGUUCGUGGGUCUCAAGUCCCUCGCCUACGUGUUCCUUGCUGACAACCAACUGACACACGUCGACGCUGACUCUCUCGCCUUUGUCAGCACCGGCCUGAAAGUCGUCAGCUUGAGUCACAACGCCAUCAAGAGCGUCGGCGGUAUAUCAGGUUUAGUGGCUGAGGCUAGUGUGUUUCUCGACAGCAACAACUUGUCCGAAAUGCCUGAGAUGAUCUGGCGACCUUGGCUAGAGAAAGGAGUCAAGGUCUGGGUGUUAGAUAACCCUUUGGCCUGCGGUUGUGGAGUUACCUGGGCUCUCCAUAAUGAAACAUUACGUAGCCUCAUGAUAACUGACGAAAUUUGCAUGGAUGAGGUGAAGUUCAUGAAUACUGUGAAUGAAGCUGGUAGUGAGUGCUGAUAAAAAUAAUAACAACAGUAAU